AUGGACACAAAGGACACAGAAAAGGCCGUGGGGAAGAUGGAGUUCUGGAGAAUAAACCUCUCAAAGAGAAAGAGCUCCAUCCUCCUAGAAGUGCUGAAACUCCAAACAGAGAAGAAACCAGUAGAGCUGAUAGACUGGACACAUGAAGAGAGUGAAGUGAGAGGAUUCCUCCAGUGUCUGCCGUACAUCUCACAACUCAGGUUCUCUACAGAGACUCUUCAGCAGCUGGUGUCAGUGGUGUGUGAAGCACAAGAUGAUGAACUGACACGCUGCUUUCUGGAGAAAGUGUCUAAAGAUCUGACCUCCUGCUCACUGACCUGGAAACAGAUUCAGUAUCUGCUACAACAUCAACCUCUAGAGUUGGACUUCAGGAAAAGCGAAAUCUCUUCUGAAAACAUCAGAGAACUUCUCCCUUGGUUGGGAAAACUACAGCUGAAAAGGUUGAGCCCCAGUUUUUUACUGUCCAACAUUGUGGAGAUUUAUGAGAGUCGUUCUCCUCAGUAUGUGUCUGGUCUGUUGAGCUCAGUUGAGAAUGACAUCAAGCUGAAGAGUAAAGUGUUGGAUUCAGUUCAGUGUGCAGCUCUGCGCUUCACUCUUCAGCACUGCAACACUGUCAAACUCAAUCUGUUCUGGACCUCCAUACCAGAUGAAGAGCUCAAGAGCUUUCUGCCUCUUCUCAACAGACUCACACAACUCAGUGUUGACAGGCAGCUGUUGCUGAAGCUGCUUCAUUGCUGCAGUUCCUCUGAUGAUCAGCAGGAGGCAGCAGAUCUUCUGCUCUCUGCUCUUCACAACAGACUGGAUUUCUCCUGCUGCUCUUCUCUGGAUCUGACAGUCACACGAAAGAAACAAAACCAUUUGAAGCUGACAAACAAAGACUGUAGAAUAAUCUCAUCUGUGCUUCAGAAAACUCAAAAUGUUGUGAAGUUGGUUUUAGAGGACUGUGAUGUCUCUAAUACGGCCUUGAAAGAACUUCUGCCUAUUCUGUCUCAAGUUCAGCUCAGCUGUAGUAAAGGUCUACUGCUGCAGCUUCUAUGCUGUAUCAGUAAAGGAACUAAGAGAAGCUCUGUGAGGUGGACUGGAGCUCUUUCACAGGCUUUAGGAGAAGAGCUGGACCUCAGUCACACUCAGAUGGAUCAGAGAGCUUGUGAACAGCUGGCGGUGUUUCUGGAAUAUUCUGAUGGACUGACAGAACUGGACCUCAGUCACUGUAAACUCACUGAUCAAUACAUGGAGACACUGUUACCACAUCUACACAAGACUCAGACUCUGGAUCUGAGUCACAACAUUAUUACAGAUGAAAUAGCAAACAGAAUCCACAGAGUUGUUUCCACUCACAACAAUAUUCAGACAGUACGACUCUUUGGAAACAGAAUCAAAGACAGAAAACCGUUUACCGGUGACAAGAGAUUUGAAAUAUGGUGAAGACGCUGAACUGUAACUCAGUGCCAUCAAGAGGAUGUAAAUAAAUCACACACUACAAUGUGCACCUCUGUAUAAAACCUGUGUUUAUAUUUAAGAUGCAAUCUGUAACCCUUUUAGAGAAUAAGAAUUAUAAUAAUGAGUUAUAAAUUAAGAGUUUGGGUAGAUUUUGCAGGAUUGUAGCUUUAGAAUGAUAGACCUGAUAUACUACAUAACCAUAUAAGUUCCUACAAUAUUUAUACAAUGUGUGCAAUAAUAACUAAUAAAAUGAUAUUUGUAAC